AUGAGAGGGCACAAAAUCGAGAGCUUACCACCACCACCAACAACACCAGCCGCUGAUUCGUUGCUUGCCUUUUCAUUUGAGUUCAUCGCCACCACCUCAACUGGUGUCUCUCUAGAGAGAAUUCUUGCGGCAGUUGGUGAAUUGGCAAAAUCAAUAGGGACUGAAGGGCUAGUUGCUGGGCAAGUAGUGGAUAUAGCCUCAACUAGGGUUCCCACCGUCAGAAUGGAAGAACUAGAGUUCAUUCAUCUCCACAAGACCGUCGCAUUUUUGGAGGCUGCGGUAGUGCUGGGGGUUAUUCUCGGCGGGGGUGAUGCGGCGGAGGUUGAGAAAUUGAGAAAAUUCGCGAGGUGUGUUGGGUUAUUGUUUCAGGUUCAAAGGGCGGCGACGCCAAACAUGUGGGUGACGCCUUUGGAGCAAGAGACGACGCCAUCGCAAUGGGUGAGUAGGGCGACAUUAGGGGUGGUCUGGGUGACGCCAAUGAGAAGGGCGCUGAGGUGCCAUGGAGAUGGCACCAGUUGCCAGGGCGCCUGGGGCACGGUUGCUGGGCACUGGCGUGCUGCAGGGUGCCUAGACAUUAGACCCAGGGUGGAGUAUUAA